CAACAAUUCGUGUAGCAGACUUAUUCUUGGAAGCCCGGAGAACAAAAUCCAUGCUCGAUUCUGCGAUACCUACUUUUCUUUGUGAAAUAUUCCGCUCAUGAAGUUCUGCAUGUACGAGUUCAUGUAAGGCAAUUGACUGACCGUGAACAACCAAAAGAUAUCAAGUCGCCAUGCUCCCUUUACAACGCAAGAAGGUUGCCAUGGCAUUUCCAAAAUGGCCAACUGUCACGCUAAAUCUGUGGACCCUUCUUGUUUCGUCAAGCCUUCUUUGCUUUGUUGUCUACCAACUGGCCGUACAAAAAUUCAAAGUUGAACUGUACGAGAUGGGCCGCCAGCAGCGUAUUCAUGAGCUUAUUCAGCAAAGCGCACCAAUAGAUGCGUCUGUGAUCGAAGAGUUGUAUCAAGCUAUUUCAUCAGAGAGGUUGGCUCGGAUUGCAAACAAGUUCAAGGAAGUAUAUUCACUCAAUGAUCCGUUUCCACAUAUAACAAUCGACGGAAUUUUUCCCAAGCGAUUUUUGGAGGAAGUUUUAAAAGAAAACCACGAAUCUGUUGGUGCGAAUGGAUGCCUCGCAGGUGCUGGGAAGUGUUUUCAAGAGAGAGUCCAGAAAAAGAAAUCAGCUAUUGAAGAAGACGAUCUGAUGGGACUACACACCAAGAUUCUAUUUUCUGCGAUGAAAAGCUCAAACUUCAUUCAUUUUCUGGAAAUGCUAACGGGCAUUCAAGAUAUCAUACCCGAUCCGCAUUACCGUGGUAGUGGCAUACAUUUGACAGCUACCGGCGGGAACCUCAACGUCCACGCUGACUUCAACAAGUAUGAGGCCUACCAGCUGGACCGGCGAGUUAAUUCUUUUGUAUUUCUAAAUCAAGACUGGCCUGAGUCCUACGGUGGGCAUUUGGAGUUCUGGACAAAAGAUAUGGGUUCCUGUGUCCAGCGCAUUCUUCCAGUCUUUGGGCGCUUCGUUGUCUUUUCGUCCACCGAUUUUUCGUACCAUGGUCAUCCCCAGCCUUUAUCUACACCGGAAGGUCGGGCUCGCAGAUCCUUAGCUUUGUACUACUAUACAAAUGGAAGACCUGCGAAUGAAUGUCUGAAAGGCGACUGUAGUGGUAGAGGGCAUUCUACGUUGUUCCAAAGACCGGUUGGCUGCAAGAUAUGUGAGGAACAGACUUGCAAGGCGUACAGAGACAAUGAAAAACUUCCGUACUGGGAAGAUUCGGAGGCGAACACAUGA